CAUAACAAUUUCAAAAACUCACCGGAAAUAUGCACCACGCUAAGACCGAUUCCGAUGCCACAAGCCUAACGGCGUCGUCGCCGACGCGUUCUCCUCCUCGCCGGCCGGUCUAUUACGUUCAGAGUCCGUCUCGUGAUUCACACGAUGGUGAGAAGAACGUCAACACCAUGUCUUUAAACUCAUCCCCUGCUUUGCUCAGCCCCACCGGCUCUCCUCCUCACUCCCACUCCUCCGUCGGCCGCCACUCCCGUGAAUCCUCCUCCACUCGAUUUUCUGGCUCCCUCAAACCCCAUGGAACUCGCAAGGUUUCCCCAAACGAUAUGGCUAUGAAGAGGUUCGCAAAGUCGUGGGAUAAACAAUUUAAUGUCAUCGAAGAAGAAGGUCUUCUCGAUGAUGAAGAAUCCGAUAAAGGCCUCCCUCGCCGGUGCUAUGUUUUGGCGUUUGUAAUUUGCUUCAUCAUUCUGUUCUCUCUUUUUGCUUUGAUUCUAUAUGGUGCUAGUAAACCACAAAAACCUAAGCUCACCAUGAAGAGUAUUACAUUCGAGAGAUUUGCGAUUCAAGCAGGGUCGGAUUUCACCGGAGUCGCCACUGAUAUGGUGUCGUUGAACUCCACCGUCAAAUUCACUUUCCGUAACACCGCCACAUUCUUCGGCCUCCACGUCACAUCAACACCGCUUGAUCUUUCCUUUUCUCAGAUUGCACUUGGCUCCGGCACCAUAAACAAGUUUUAUCAAUCGAGAAAGAGCCAGCGAUUGUUGACGGUAUCGGUGGUCGGAAAUAAGAUUCCGUUAUACGGAAGCGGACAGUGGCUGAAGAGCUCAAAAGGAGCUCCAACGGCGGCGGUGCCAUUGAAGUUGAACUUCGUGGUUCGAUCAAGAGCGUACGUUCUGGGUAAACUGGUUAAACCGAAAUUCUACAACAAGAUCGAGUGUGAUGUUGCUUAUGAUCCUAAGAAGAUCAAUGUUCCGAUAUCGCUUACCAAUAAAUGCAGAUUUCUGUGAUG